AUUUACAUUUUCUAUUAAAACCGCAUAAACCCUCCCAAAUAAUCACUCUCUUCUUCACUAGGGUUUAACGGAGCCAAAAAAAAAAUGGCUACUCGUCAUGUAACUCGUUCACUCGCUACUUUCACGCGCACCUACACCACGCGCCUUCGAUCACUCACCACCAUUACAAACAACCUACGUAAUGUCUCUCAUACAACGUCGUUUAAUGUUCGUGGCUUUGCUACGCGCCAAACAUCGUCGUCGCUACGUGACCCGAACCCAAACUGGUCUAAUAGACCACCAAAGGAAACAAUUUUGCUUGAUGGAUGUGAUUUUGAACAUUGGCUUGUUGUGAUGGAGAAUCCCGAAGGUGACCCGACCCGAGAUGAGAUUAUUCAUAGUUAUAUUAAGACUCUUGCUACUAUUGUUGGAAGUGAGGAGGAAGCCCGGAUGAAGAUAUAUUCUGUCUCAACUAGACAUUACUUUGCUUUUGGUGCCCUUGUAUCUGAAGAACUUUCUUACAAACUAAAAGAGCUGCCUAAGGUUCGUUGGGUGCUUCCUGAUUCGUAUCUCGAUGUCAGAAACAAAGAUUAUGGAGGGGAACCGUUUAUCAACGGACAGGCUGUGCCAUAUGACCCCAAAUACCACAAGGAAUGGUUGAGAAACAGUACUCGUGCUAAGGAGAGAACCAGGCGCACUGACCGACCUCGUGAUUUUGAUAGAUCCAGGAGCUUUGAGAGAAGAAGAGAGAUGCGGAAUCAACCCAAUCAGAACCCUGGAUCCAACAUGCCAGCAGGGGGGCUACCUCCCAACAUGGGCGGAAUGCAGCAACCUAGCAUGGGAGGGCCAUCAAACAUGGGCGGGAUACACCAGCAGCAAGGCAUGGGAGGGCCACCCAAUAUGGGCGGGAUGCACCAGCAGCAGGGCAUGGGAGGGCCACCCAACGCAGGCGGGAUGCACCAGCGAGGCAUGGUAGGGUCACCCAACAUGGGUGGGAUGCAUCAGCCGGGCAUGGGAGGGCCACCACCCCAUGCAGGCGGGAUGCAGCAGCAGGGCAUGGGAGGGCCACCACGUGCAGGUGGGAUGCAGCAGCAGAACAUGCCACCCAACAUGGGAGGUGUACCACCAAACAUGGGUGGAGUGCCUCCCCAUAACUACGGAGCGCCAAACAGUGCACCUAGUUUCCAAUACAUUGGUGGACCAAACAAUGGAGGCACGCCUUACCAAACAGGUCCAGGGCCAAACCAGAGCUAUGAUGAUCGGAACUCAUACCAGAAUCAAAACAUUUCUGGAAGAGAUAUGCCCCCUCGUAAUUACCAAUAAGCAGCUGUAGAUACGUAUGAAGUUGUCAAUGCUAGAGGUUUUAUUUCACCAAGUAAUUUACCAUCUUAUGGUGUUUCGGUAGAACGUUCUCAUUAUAAUAGUUGGAAGUACGAAUGAUUACAUAUUGAGUUAUGCAGUGCCACAAAUUAUUGGAAG